CGGCGUCGUAUCACGAUGAUGGCAGUUCCCAUCGGAAUCAGCUACACAUUUAAAGCCAAAAACUACAGAUUAUGGAAAGUUAAAGUACGUGCCUCGCCGUCUGAUGUCGCCACGGGACUAAACAUCAACAGUAACCUUAUUAGGUUGACGUUUCCGAAGCCGAUUCGCGUUCGUACGUACCGACUUCACCGACUGACAUCAGCCAUAUUGGAGUUGUGUGGAAAACAUUGUGAGCACGUGGAGAGUGAUCUGCCGAAUUUUUCCAAGUUUUCCAACACAUUUGUGUCAGUUUUUCGUCACAAAUCUCCAGAACAAGGAGUCAACGAGUCGUACGAGCAGUUGACAACACCAGCAACCGCUAACGCAACUUACUACAUGAUGAAAAAUGCUGGAGAAAUGUUGCCACCAAAUCCUCCUCCGCGUUUCGUAGCGAUAUCAACCGUGAAAGUACCGUGGCUAAGUACCCGAUUUGAUUCCGUAUCGGUGAAACCGUAA